UUGAAAAUUGAACUAGUAACGAUCAAGUCGGGAGAGUGACAAGACGCUUAAUCCGUCCUUGGAAUACUUUGUGAAUUGAUUCCGCAUUUUUAUUUAUUUUAUUAAAAUAAUGGCAAGUACCGAAAAAGGGACAAAACAAGCUGCUAAAAGCUCUUCUGAUGAAAAGCUUAAUACGUCGAUGGAUAAAUUACAAGUCAAUGUGGGAAAACAAAAAUGUAGACAUAUCUCGGAAUGUGGUUUGGAAGCCGAAGAACUACUUGAUCCCUAUUGUGAUCCAAAAAAUCCUCAGAAAAUUUCAUUCCACGAUAUCACAUCAGCAGCUUUUCUUAUCAAAGGAGGAAUUGAAAAGACACCCUGUCCAAGAUCAACGUCUUCUGAAGUUUAUGGAAUGGAUUUGUAUUUAAAAAAGGAUUUUCUUCAAUUUACUGGAAGUUUCAAAGAGAGAGGUGCACGCUAUGCUCUACUUUCACUUUCAGAAGAACAGAAGAAAAAAGGAGUUAUUUCUGCAUCUUUGGGUAAUCAUGCACAGGGUCUCAGCUAUCAUGGUUGGAAAUUAAAUAUUCCAGUCACUGUUGUAAUGCCUACAGCAGCACCUAUUAUGAAAAUUCAAAAAUGUCGCAACUACAGAGCUCGUGUAAUAGUCCAAGGCAAAGAUAUGGGUGAAGCUAAAAAUGUUGCCUUGAAAAUGGCACAAGAUGAGAACCUAAUGUACAUCAAUGGCUAUGAUCAUCCACUCAUAAUGGCUGGUCAAGGAACAAUUGGAUUAGAAAUAUUGGAUCAAGUACCAGAACCAGAUGCAAUUAUUGUUCCAGUUGGAGGGGGUGGUCUAAUUGCUGGUAUUGCUACAGCUGUUAAGGCUCUUUCACCAAAAACUAAAAUAAUAGGUGUUGAAUCAGAAAAAUGUCCAAGUUUCACUAAGGCUCUAGAAAAUUCUGGACCAAUUCAUAUUCCAAUUAAAAAUACUUUGGCCGAUGGCUUGGCAGUCCCAAAGGUGGGUUAUAAUGCUUAUGCUACCGCAAUGCCUCUUGUAGACAAGAUGGUAGUAGUCAAAGAAGAAUGGAUAGCUUUGGCCAUUUUGCGGCUGGUAGAAGAGGAAAAGUGUGUUGUUGAAGGAGCUGGAGCUGUGGCUUUAGGUGCUAUACUUGCUGGACAAUUAAAUGAUUUAAAGGGCAAAAAGGUCGUUAUACUGCUGUGUGGUGGAAAUAUUGACACAACAGUCUUAGGAAGAUGUUUGGAACGAGGUCUAGCUGCAGAGGGCCGUCUGGUGAAAUUCCAUGCUCUACUGAGUGACAGUCCUGGUGGAAUUCAUGAAAUGUGUAAACUUUUAGCUGAUUUAGGAGUUUCCAUCAAAGAUAUAAUGCAUGAGAGAGCAUGGUUAAAAGAUAUUCAUGCUGUUGAGGUUAAAGUGGUUUGUGAAACUCGUGACUGGUCACACAGUUUAGAACUGAAAGAAGUACUAAAAGCCAAUUAUGAACAUGUUGAAUUUACCGAAGAGCCAUUGGCUAUAAAUGAAAAUACUUUGAAUAGAAAGUAAUAGAAUGAUACUCUUAAUGUACCUACACACUCAUAUAAAAUACAAUUUAUAAACUAUAGAAAUAAAA